AUGUUUGAACGCGCGUCGAACCAAGCCUUAUUACAAAAAGUUUCUCCAUACUGCAUGCUUAUGGAGUGUGAUGGUCGUUGGAUCUCCGCAGUUGUUAUCGCUGAAAGUUUUGCUGUUUCCGCACUUCACUGCGUACCGGAGAGCUUUCGACGAAAUGGCACGCCGAUGGUUCUAUAUGAUGAGCAGGGAGAGCAGCACAAUAUGCAUGUACAUGGCGCAAGCAUGAUUUCGGAUUAUAUUGUUUUAAAGAAAGACAAUGGAGUGUUCAACAGUGUACCAGAACUGACGUUUCCGCAGCUUAUUGACAAGUAUAUUGUCAUGGGUUGCGCGUUCGGUGAGAAGACUAUAUCUGUCCGCGUUGGGCACAUCUCUUCGGUUUCUAACGGUUAUCGUGGUUUCUUCUACGGUGGUAGUAGAGGUCUUCCUGGCUUCAGCGGAGGUGGCGUUUUCUCCAAACAAAACGGUUUUUUGAUGGGAAUUGCAAAAGGAAGCGAUUAUGAUGGACAGGAGACGAGACAGUUCGGUGACGUACUGGAGAUGAUUUCCGCUCCAGUCAUUCUUGGUCAAAUCGAAGCCUUCGGUCGCCAGCCGUUCUUUGUUAACCCCCCUGUUUGA